AUGUGGAAGUUGCUGCUGGUAAAAUUAUGGCUAACUCUGACAAUGAUUUGUAUGGGCCACGUAACUUUUACCAACUUGAACUGCAGUUCUUAUAACUCGGAUUACUUGACAUUUCCCACGUGUCGUAUUAAGGCGGUCAAUCGAACUCAUAAGUAUAUUAAUAUCUAUGUGAAAUUCCAUGAACUGCCUAUUAUUAAUAGUUGGGUUAUUGUCAAGUUCAGACGUUUUAAUAAUGGUUACAAGCAAUUCUUUUUCGAUCUUUCCUAUGAUGGCUGCAAGUUCUUGAAGCAACAGAAAAAUAUAAUUGCCCAGGCCUUCUAUAAGACAUUUCAGGGCAGUUCCAAUAUAAAUCAUACGUGCCCUUAUAAUCAUGAUAUCAUCGUAGAUAAACUGUUUUCCGGUGAUCUGGAGAAGGGUUUUGUGAAAUUUUUUCCGAUACCAAGUGGAGCAUAUGCCCUUUACACUGAAUGGAGCACUAACAAUGUUUCUCGAGCUUCGAUUAAAAUUUAUGUAACAGUAACUGAUAAGUAA